AGUCAGAAAACGUUAAAAAAGCUAAAAAAAAAAAUGAUGCUAAAAGACAGAAAACACAAGCCAGUACCGAAGUUGUUUGUUCAAGAUGUAAGCUUUCAGGUCAUAGCUCUGCAUGGCUCCCCUGAAUGCUCUUUCUAUAUUUUAUCAAAAGCGAAAACCUUGGCUCUCAGCCUUGGGUAUAAUUAUACUGCGUACACGCGGAAGCUUCCUUUUGAUAUAAUUGCAUCAAAGAAGAAUACAAAGGUGUCCUGAAAGAAAAAAUUACCACCUGCUGCAAUUCUAUAAGACACCUUAUCUACAGAGCAAAGUUGUUUGUAAAUUACUAUCUUUUACAAAAUCCCAAUGAGCCUGCCCCAGGGUUCAUCUUUAUGCAACAAUUUUGGUAUACUAUAUGCCAAUUGGUCAAUAACAGAAGGCCUACCAGUAGCACUCUAGUCAGUCUAAAUCUUUUACAGCGAUGGGAUAACUUCAAAAGAGAAAACCCCAAGGCAUGCCAUGCCGUAACUUUAAUAAGCGGUGCAAGUCAAUGUCUGGCUGAGGCGUGUACGGAGGUAGUCACCUUGUAUUAGAAUGUAAUCGUCGAGACCUUUGAAAAUAGAUUGAUUUAUUAUCUUCG